AUGCUUGACGUGUCGACGCAGGAAGAUCAGAUAGCGGCUUCCACCGCCACUGGAAGGAUUUCGAAACCUACAGCCACGAACAACAAUGGAAAGAUCGGAAAAGGCAGUGACGUGCAAGCUCGCUUAGACAGACUGGAGUAUCUUUUAGAGAAAGCCGUUGCAGGACAGGGGGCAAAGCCCACGGGAUCCGUACGAUCCAGUGUUGAUUUCGAUAGGAAAGAGGCGGAAGCACUAACCCCAUCAUCGAAUAGCCAAACUUCACAUGGAGGAGGAAUAGCUUCCGAUGGCGGAGAUGGAACACUGUUGUUGAAUGAUGGACAGUCUCAAUUUGUUUCGUCUUUGCAUUUCGCAUUGCUCGCUGAUGAGAUACAAGACAUCAAGGCUUUGCUUGGCGACAAAACCGAUGAAGAGAGAAAGGAAGUACCACAGAGCAGUCUGGUUGAUCUGCUCUCCCUGGGUCGUGCAGGAGCAGGAUCAGAUCUGGAAAACCUAUUGCCCAGCACCCAAGAGCAUCGUGAUACGCUCCUCGACGUCUAUUUCGCAAACGUAGACCCGAUGGUUAGGAUCACACAUAGACCAACAGUGCUCCGCAAGUUUUCCACCUACAACAACGAAGCACAUCCUCUCGCAUAUGCCAUCUACUUCUCUGCUAUCAACUCGCUACCCCCAAAGGUAGUACACAACAAGUUUGGCGAGACUAAGGAAUCGCUUCUCGAUCGAUUUCAGCUGGGUGUUGAAAUCUCGCUGGCCCGGGAAAACUAUCUCACGACAUCAAGUCUGGAGAUUUUCCAGGGUUUCGUACUAUGGUUAACUUGUAUCACCAGGGAAGAGGACAUGGUAGGCAAAGCGUGGGUUUUGAUAGGUAUUGCAUUUCGCAUCGCUCUGAACCAGGGUCUGCACCGAGAUCCGUCUUUGUUCCCAACCGGUUCUAUGGACGCCUUAACUAUCGAAUUACGUCGUCGUAUGUGGCAUCAGCUAGGCCACUUGGAGUUCCGGGCCGCAGAAUGCAAGGGACAGGAACCGAGCAUCACCGAAGACUUCUACACUACGCUAUUGCCACGUAAUAUCGAUGAUGAAGACCUGGUAGAUGGCGCAAGCCCUGGUCCGGCCCCAUAUAACGAACAAAAGUUCACAUCCAUGUCGUUUCAACUAGUCAGAUUCAACGGCAUGCGAGCCCUACGACGCAUAAUCCAGAGUACUUACCGCCUCGAAAGACGAAUGCUCGACUCUGGGCUCCAUGGAACAUCCCGUCCUGACCCUGCACAAGAGCUUAGAGAUCUCUACGAACAGAUCAAGGUCAUGCUUGACGAAGUUCAUGAAGAGAACCAACGAAAAUUCCUGCAAUAUCUAACCCCGGAGGUACCAAUGGAGAGGCUGACAUUGGGACUGGCUUCGCUUUUGGAGUGGCGCGCUUACCUACUGUUCUGGCUUAGAAUGCCGCGUGCUUAUCGUGAUGUAGUCUUCUCGGAUGAGAUUCGCCGGUCGAUCUUCGAGAAAUCAGUCAACUGUGUAGAGACACUAAAUGGAGCAGCCGCGGAUGUUGACGCCGCUCGCUUUCAAUGGCACAUUGGUGGGAUUGCUUCCUUCCAGGCUAUCAUGCACAUCCUAUCGGAACUUCGCAACCCUCUCUUCGACGCACCGGACCGGCAACGCGCGCUUAGAGCUCUACAGAUGUCUCGAAUACUUCGAGAAAACAACAGUGCCAAAGCAUGGCAAGCUGUGAAGAAUAUGAUCGACAAGGCUGUAUCCGAACAUAAUCUCUCCCCAAGGAGCACGUCGCAGCCUACGGGCCACUACAUCAAUCCACCAAUGGUGCCAUCCAUAUCCGUGCCGAUGAACAAUGCAUCGAGCAGUAACACGAGCGUAUAUCCGGCAAUGCAAGCUAUUCCAAGCUACGCCUUCCAAAACUCGUCUGCGACCUUUGACCGGCAGCCUAUCUCAGGACGUUCUCAACCUCAAGCAAUGGCGACUGAGCCAGACUUACUGCAAUCAAUGCAGUCCAUCCAGGAUCGUGCACCAUGCUGGGAUGAUAUAAACCUUAGCAACAUUAAUAACAUCGUAGGCGAUGUACAAGCUAACACAGAUGUAAUCCCCGACUUCGACUUUGGGUUCUGGGGCGACCCUUUCAACUACGAGAACGAGCCUGCUGCAAUGCCGUUACAAGACGGCUACUUUCCUCAGUGGCUUGGAUGA